AUGCUAAUUAAUUUUGAUUGCUAUCAUUUUUCCACAGUCCCGCUUUACCAUACCGAAGCAGUUGUUGGGAGUGAAGCUCGAUUACCAUGCAAUUUGACAUCGCCGAUAACCGGCGAUAGAGUUUCAUUAGUCAUCUGGUACAAGGAGGGUCAAAGUACGCCCAUUUAUAGCUUUGAUGUCAGGCACACUGAACAACUAGAUAAGGGUUCCCAUCACGAAGGCAACGGAAGCUUGAAUGGUCGCUCUCAUUUUAAUACAACACUUUUACCAUCAUUUGUUAUAACAAAUGUUAAGGAUCGAGAUAACGGGCUCUAUCGUUGUCGAGCCGAUUUCAUAAAGAGUCCAACACGAAAUAUAAAGAUUCAGCUGAGCGUGAUCGUUCCACCUGAAAAUGUUCACAUACUUAACGAAAAAGGAGUUCAUAUACCCCACUACAUUCUCGGCCCUUACAAUGAAGGCACAUCCAUUAACAUCACUUGUGUCUCGACAGGAGGUCGACCAAUGCCCAAGGUUACAUGGUGGCAUGACAACAUUCUUCUCAACAGCACGUCAAUUGCAUUUACAGAUACAAAAGUGAAAAACACUUUACAAUUGAACAGAUUAGAGAGAAAAGAUUUGCAUAACAGCUACGUGUGCCAGUCCUCUAACAACGAAGUGUCUCCACCCAUAACCACUUCGGUUACUUUAGAUCUGAAUUUACGUCCAUUAACGAUAAAGCUAGAUCAAGAUGUGAAGUAUUUAUCGGCAAAUCACUCGUAUGAUUUAAAAUGUGAAGUGACGGGAUCACGACCAGCACCGUUGAUUUCAUGGUGGAAAGGCUCCACACAGCUUCGAACGACUCGUGAAUGGACAUCUUCUGAUGGAAAUUUAACUAGAUCAAUUUUAACGUAUCAUCCAACGUUGGAGGAUCAGGGAAAAUUCUUGUCGUGUCGUGCUGAACAAACUUUGAUACCUGAGUCGGGAAUCGAGCAGGGCUUCAAAUUAGAUAUUCAUCACAUCCCAGUCGUAUCGUUGGAAUUCGGAACUAAUCAGCAAAGUCAAAGCUCGGGAAUUCGCGAGGGCGCAGAUGUUUAUUUUGAAUGUAAUAUUCGAGCGAAUCCAGCAAUGUAUAAAGUAACAUGGAAGCAUAAUAGUAUAAAAUUUUAUGUUUUCACGCAGAAUAAAGAUCUUUCAAACACAUUCAACGAUGGAAUUAUAAUUUCAAAUCAGAGUUUUGUAAUUACCAAUGUUAAGAGAUCCCAAAUGGGUCAGUACACCUGCAUUGCUACAAAUUCAGAAGGAGAAGGCGAGAGUAAUCAAGCAUUGUUAGAAAUUCAAUUUAUGCCAAUUUGCCGUCCUGGACAAGUUCAAACGUACAAUGUAGGUCGUGGUGAGACGGCCUUAAUACAAUGUGAGGUGGAGGGCAUUCCAAGAGACAUCAAUUUUGUGUGGAAAUUCAACACGUCAGUUUCAGAAGUGUUGGACAUGCCAUCGUCAAUUGUGAGAAAUAACAACACGAAAAGCACCAUUCAUUUUAAGCCGAUGACUGAACAUGAUUAUGGGACGCUUUUGUGUUGGGGAAGCAAUGAAAUGGGAAUGCAAGCUGAGCCUUGCGUAUUCAACAUAAUACCGGCAGGAAAGCCAGAUUCAUUGUCCAAUUGCUCGAUAUUGAAUCAGACAUUUGAUAUGUUUCAAGUUGCGUGUAUGGAGGGGUUUGACGGAGGAUUGCCACAAGAAUUCGUUGCCGAGGUAUAUUUGAUGGGACACAAAAAUCUUUUCGCAUACGUCAAUUCAAAAACACCAUUCUUUGAACUUAAGGGACUUGAACCUGGCAUGGGCUACGACGUCUUGGUGAUGGCUUUGAAUAAAAAAGGAAAAUCAUCCCCAGUGUUAUUACAAGGCUACACCGUCAAAAGUCCUGAGAAACAGACUGUUGUUUUCCCAUUCUCAGACUUCUCGCCUGCCUUUGCUCCCACUUUUCUCCAAAUUAAACCAUUUCUAGGCACACUGUUAGGAAUCUUCGGUGCUCUUUUGCUGAUAUUAUCAGCAAUUAUUUUAGUUGUGAGAUUAAAGACCUCAAGUCGGAGAGAUAGAACACGUGCCAGCCAAAUAAGUAACACAAUCACAAUGAGCUCUACGUUAUCACCAUCGCUCCAAAAUGGUGUAUUGUUAAGAGAAGCAAGUGCAGAUAGCAUAGACAAAAAUCCUGAUAUUAUUCCCCAAGAAAGCGAUAACGAGUGGAUGAACAAUAAGUAUGCAGCCACGACAGUGAUGGCGGAACAGCAAAAUAAUUUCGAUAUGAGAAACUACGAUUGCGAUCGAACAUUAUUUUCGCAGCACGAUAAUAAUUGUCUCCAACAUCACGUCUAUCAGGAGCGACAAACAUUCAUUCCUGUCCAUAAUGAAGUGCCAACUAGUAGUUUAGGAUACAUUGAUAAUAGAAUUACAGUGAAUAACGAACUCACGUACGCUGACUUGACCAUACUGCAGAAGCCACCGACGUUGUUUUCGAGCGCAACACUUGGUAGACCACGUCACACUGAAAUAAAGCGCGUUAUGGAGCCAAGCAUAUAUGCUCAGAUUGAUCUAGCACGUAGCACGCCUCCUCCGCUUUCUAUUGCGCAACAAGUUUAUCCUACGAAUAUGAUUUUCAGCACUUCACGUAACACCAUGCCAAUUUCUCAUCCGAGCCAAAUCGAUCGAUUACCGCCACCUCCCCUUUUUCAAUCAGAGAUUCCAAGUGACACGCAAAAAUCAAUUUUACAAACCGUUCCUGAGGCGGAAAAUGAACGACCUGAGGUUCCUCCCAGAAACAGUAACACAAGAUUCUGAUGAAACUCGACCGACCUUCAAAAUGACUUUUGUACAAUAAAUGUGUGAAUAUUAUAAGUUUUCUUUUUCAGUCUUCUACGAACAGUCUUCUUAAAACUUUCAUAACAAACAAAUGAAAAAA